UAAACGUCGUGGAGCAACCUCGCCGUCUGUUUAUUCGCCCACCGAAUCGCUCCCGAUUCCAUCGCUUCUCGUACCUUUUUCGUUCAGUCUCCCCCGCGAAUCAAUGGAGUCUCCACGGCGCCACCCUCGGCCUCCGUCGGCAGCGGCGAGGCCGCUCGACCUUGAGGUCACCGUCGUCUCAGCCAAGCACCUCAAGAACGUCAACUGGCGUAACGGCGAUCUGAAACCCUACGUCGUCGCCUACCUUGAUUCCGAUCGCCGUGCCGCCACCAAGCCCGACGACGCCGGAUCCACCCGCCCCGUCUGGAACGAGCGCCUUGCCCUCCCCCUCCCUCUUCCUUCUUCAGAAACCCUCCUGUUCCUCAACCUCGACGUCUUCCACUCCAAGCCCUCGGAGACCCCCAAACCCCUCGUGGGCACCACCAGAUCUCCUCUCACGGGGCUUCUCGACGCUGAGGCCUUCGCCGCCUACGCUUCUGGAGGCGGCGGCAGCAGCAGCGGGGCCUCCCUGAUCCGAACCCUCGAACUCCGUCGCCCCUCUGGCCGCCCCCAGGGCAAGAUCCGGAUCAGGGUGGCCUUGCGAGAGCGCCCCAGUCCCCCACCUGAACCAACCGAUCCCACUCACCACUUUCCUCAGCCACCUCCUUCCAGCUAUUUUUACUCCUCCAACGCUCCUCCCUUGCCUUCUCCUCCGCUGCCUCAUACUCAGCCUCACUCGGCUAGAGAUUAUCGAACCUUCUCGGCCCCGCCUUCUUCUCUCCCUCCUUACGGCCACCCUCCGCCUCCGCCCCAGUCCCACUCUUACCCUUCGCAAUAUCCCUACGGGAGCUACUCCGAUUCCUACUCCUCUGGAUACUAUUCCCCUGCUGCCUCCGCCUACUAUUCUGCGCCACCAGCUCCCGCCCCAGCUCCUGUCCCUGCCCCUGCCUCAUCCCCAGCCCAUCAGUAUUAUGACCGGGCAUCUGGUUAUGGUGACCCAUCAGCACCUGCGGGCUACUCGACCGGGUAUUCUUCUUAUGACAAUAAACCAAAAGGAGGCAGAGCAGGACUGGCGACAGGAAUAGCAGUUGGGGCGGUGGCUGGAGCAUUAGGCGGGUUGGCGCUGGAGGAAGGGCUUAAACAUGAGGAAGAAAAGAUCGCCGAGAGAGUAGAGAAUGACUUCUCGGCCAGGGAUGAUUACAGUGACUAUCGUGCUGACUACUAAUCACUUCUCACUUCAAUUUACAUCUUCUGUUUAUAUCACAAAGCAUACUGCUGCAAGAGGCCAAGAUGAAUAAAUUAUGCCUGGUUUGAUUUCUCUUUCCAAUAUGCAUAUGUUGUCUCUGAGAUCAAUUUCUAUGGAUAAUAGCUGAAAUUGUGUUAUUAUGAAACUUAACCUUUUCAUGCUGAAUGGAGCUUGUGACAGCAUGCUCGUCUAAUCUCUUAUAUUCAGUCUUGUGUUGA